AUGGAUCAUCAUGAAGACAUGUAUUCUAUGAACAACAGUGAUUUGGGUUUUCCUGCUGAAGAUAGGAAGUACCGCAUGCUGGAAGAGAUAUUGAAAGUAGUAGAAGGCCAAGGAGUUUUGGGGAUGGAUAUUAAUGACCUGAGGCUGGUACCAGGAGUGAUGGUUCCACCAAAGUUCAAAGUUCCUAUUCUUGACAAAUACAAUGGAACAACUUGUCCUAAAACUCAUAUGAAAGCAUAUUACCGACAACCUAUCUGGGAAUCCCUGAAGUGGUAUAUGCAUUUGGAAAGAACCUAUAUUCGGAAUUGGAGGGAUUUGGUUGAGGCAUAUUUGAGGCAUUAUCAAUACAACAUUGACAUGGAUCCUAAUUGGACCCAGAUGGAAAGCCUGACCCAGGGCCUAAAUGAGUCUUUCAAAGAGUACACCCAUAAAUGGCGUGAGUUAGCUACUCGAGUUCAACCUUCGAUGAUGGAGAGAGAACUUGUUGACAUGUUCAUGGGAACUCAGGAAGGGAUGUAUUAUGAUAGAAUGGGGGGUAGUACCUCCGUUGGGUUUUCUGAGUUGGUAAUGGCGGGAGAAAGAAUUGAAGUUGGUUUGAAGUUGGGCAAAAUCCAAUCAGCCAAUACUGGUAGUUCUGCAUGCAGAAGUGGUAAGAAACCAUUCAAUGGACAUCCCAAGAAGAAGGAAAGUGAGUCUAAUGCAGUUUACUCUCAUAGUGGUCGAGGAAGAAUUCAACAAAAACAAAAAGUGAAUGUCGUGACUAUACCGGUCGCUACAGCUCCUCAACCACAAUAA